CACAAACAAUCCAAUCAUUUAUAUAGUCCGAAAUAAUAAAGUUAAGUGAGAAAUAAAAGAAGGAAACAAAAAAGUAAUGAUUAGUAAUUAUAUUGCAAUUUUGUGCAAAAAAAUGGCUAUCAAGAGAUUUGCGUGAUUUGUGAUUUGUGAUUUGGAAUGAGAUGUGGACUUUGUGGUGUCAGGUUUCAAGGUUCAAUGACAAUAUUUGGAUUUAGAAGGAACUUGAAUAUAUUUAUGAGAGAAAUAGCUUUUAAGCUUAAUUAUAGCUAUAUUUGUCUUCAAACUUAGCUUGGAAGAAAAAAUGAUUUACUUCAAAACCAUUUUUCUGUGAUAUGAGGUAAUACGCUGAAGAAAAUGAUUCUAUAUUCUUAUUAAAAGGAUGAUUUUUGUGACAAAAUAAAAUCUGGAUUAUAUAAGGACACAUUUGGAAAAACAUUUUUGCUGGAUUAUCUGCAAAAACCUUUUGAUUGAAAUAUUUCUUUCUUUCAACAUUUUGACAGUAAUUUGCUGUGAACAAUUUUACAUAUAAUUAAAUAAAAAUUAACUUUUUAACAUUUUUUAAAUAAUUUUAAGUGCUAUUGAAGUUAAGGAUCUGAGUGCUGGAAAAAAAAUUGAAAAAUGUUUCGAAGAGGAGCUGCUCGAGUUUCACCCGACCCCUGGGGAUUGCCAGCCGAUGAUGACAAUUACCAACUAGACGAUGUCCAGCCUCACCCUCCCCCACCCCCCACCUUAAAAGCAACAGCGGCGACAAAGGAUACUGUCCCAAUUUUACCGUCACCGCCACAGAAACGGCAGGUUACUCCAGUCACAUCUCCAGCCAUACCACCGCCACCUUCGCCGGAGAGAAAUAAUAACAACGUACGGCAGAAUUCAGCCGUGAUUGUCGUAAAACCAGUUGAAAAGCCGAAGGAAGAAUUUGUGUAUAAAAAGAAUGAAAAGCACCCAGAAAUUGUCACCUCGACGAAUAAAGAGCUAGAUCAGUAUGUUGACAGGAAGUUUAAUCAAAACCAUGCUUGGACACCAUAUUUACAUGAACGAAAGAGAGAGAUGUUGAUGAAAGGGCCGGUGAAAUCGUCCAAGGGAUUCAAAUACUCCAUGAAAAGCAAAUGGAACAGCUUCAAGAUCAGCUGGCGUGAGGCGACGUAUUCCCUUGAAGUGUGGAAAGGGGCGUUGAAAAAAAUUGAAGGUCACCAGGGUAUGGGUGUUGUUUCGUACUUCACCUUCCUCCGUUGGCUGUUGUUCCUCAACAUCUUCAUCUUCCUCCUCCUCUUCUUCUGCAUCACGUUCUUCCAAGUCUCGUUCAACUCCACGACUGAGUAUGUUAGCGACCUCGUGGGGAAUGAUGGGCAAUUUAAUGACACUACAAAUGUCGAGGAUUGUAGCUCGAAUUACAGUCCGAAUGUCUCAUCCGAUGCACUAACGCUGAUCCUCGACUUCUUUCAGGGAACAGGCUGGAUGGAAGACACAGCGAUGUUUAACGGCUUCUACACUGACAAGAAAAAGGAGCUUGCCGCAUCAGAAUACAACAUGCCGCUUGCGUACUUUCUCGUUACCGUGCUGGUCUUGCUUUUCAGUCUCAUCAUCAUGGUUCGCAACACUCUGUCGAACUUCAAGGAGACUGUUCUGGCGAAGGAAAAUUCGAAACAGGGCGUGUACUGUAACACGGUGUUUGCAGCCUUCGACUACAUGGUUGAUGAGGACGAAGCUGUUAAACUGAAGCAGAAGAGUAUUUACAAUGGACUAGUCGCGGACCUAGGUGAUCAGCGACAUGAAAUGGAAGUGCGGAAUCGUACACGCGGACAGAAGUGCAAGGUCUUCACUGUCCGAUUCCUCAUCAACUUCCUCAUACUAAUCAUGCUCGGUGGCGCGGGAGCAGCCAUCUACUAUGCGCAGGACUAUUCUUCCAAUUUCACCACAGACCCGAAUGUUGCGGAUAACUACCAUUCACUAGUGAUCCUACUCGUAGAGUUUCUCCCGUCCAUCGUCAUUGGCCUCCUGAACGGCAUGUACCCUGUCAUCUUCGGUAUCCUUGUUAAGUUUGAGGACUACAGACCUGUGACUGUUAUCAAGAUAACGCUUAUCAGGAUGGUAUUUCUACGUCUUGCAUCACUGACCAUGAUCGUGGCUUCCCUGUAUGUUCAGAUCACGUGCAAGGAUAAAAACUCGUGUGAUGUCGGCCAAAAUGACUGCCCUGCUAUCUCGUGUUGGGAGACGUAUGUUGGUUCUGCUGUCUAUAAGCUGAUAGUCUUCGACUUCAUCAUCAAUGCUGCAGUUACCAUCUUUGUCGAGGGAACAAGAAAACUCAUAACUUCAAAAUGUGAAUGUGGCCUGGCCAAAUCGAUUGGCCCCGCUGUAUUUGAUGUCCCACUAAAUGUUUUAAGCCUAGUUUACUCGCAAACGUUACUGUGGCUUGGGUUCCACUUUGCACCCCUUAUAUCUGGAGUUAGUGUCGUCAGCUUCUUCCUCAUGUUCUACAUAAAAUACCUUUCGGCCCUGUAUUUCACCGUACCUCCAGAGAAACCUUACCAGGCGUCCAAGUCAAACUCGUUCUUCACGAUCAUCCUCAUGGUUGCUUUCUUCAUGAUAUGUAUACCAGUGGGAUACACGCUGUCUAACAUGAACCCGUCCCCAAUGUGCGGGCCAUUCCGUAUCUACGACAAGCCGUCCGACAUCAUUGAUGUUCAGAUCGGCAACGCAGCAACAUGGUUUAAUACGAUAUGGACGAUUACGACCUCGUCUGCGGUGGUUUCUGCCGUCAUUAUUCUCCUAAUCCUCAUGGUGUAUUAUUGCUCCGCCCUUAACUCUGCCCACAAAGACUUGUCGGACAUGAUGAAAGAACAACUCGUACUGGAAGGCAAGGACAAACAAUUUCUGCUUGCGCGCAUCAACGAGCUCGGUGGGGCCCCGCCCAAGAAGAAGCCCCCACCAGCCCAGCAUAAGAAGGCGACAAUGCAGACUGUGAAUGAAAAACAGCCAAUGAGAAAUGGGGAUGUUGUCAUGGAGAAUCAGGAGGUCAAUCUGUAUGGGCGAGAAAAGAGCGUUAUAUCAAUGCCUGCGAAUGAUGCCCCACCCCCUGCCGACUACAACUAUAAUUCCAACAAUGUCACGCGACAUGAGGGGCCUUCUCAAGUUUCAACUCGUAAUGUUGAGGUGACCCCCACAUCACCUCAGCCUGAGUCAAAGUCUGCCAUGGAUGACUGGUAGAUGGAAAACAUUUUAUGUCACAGAAACCCUCCAAAGAAAUUGUGAAAAGAUUAUGUUACCUACUUUAGGGAUAUAUACCCUCUAUUUAUAGAAUUUUUGGACUUUUAUUUAUCAUAUUAUUUUAUUAUUCUUUAUUAAUACUCAUUUGUUGCAAAAAAGAAGUUAUCCAGUGUUUUAAGUGUUGUUGUUUUUCUUCUGGGAUCUAAGGGUUGAAUUCUCACUGGAUAUGUUAACUUCUUCAUUAUCUUUAUCCCUAAAAAUUGAAUUACAUGAAGACGUUGUUAUUGGUAUACUUAAUUAUGAUUUUACAGUGAGUUCUGAAAUAACAUCUGCUAUUGAAAUGACAAUUAUUUACAUAUUUUCAAAAAUGUAAAGCUAUGUCUGUUGUAUAGUUUUCUACUUUGCUAUCUUUAGUUUGACAAUCAUUAUCAAAUGGUUCAUUUUAAAGGGGCUAGACACCAGAUGAUACAAUUGCAAGGAAAAAAAGAAAAUUGUUAAAUACUUACAUGAAAUUUUGUGUACAAUGCAUUAAAUCUUACUUACUGAUGUAUCACAUCGCUUAUGACACAUGCAUCUUUCGCAGUUUAUAGGAACUUUUCAAUUUGAAAUUUACUAGUUUUGUCGACCACGUAAAUCCCAGUUAAUUGGAAAAUAGCGUCCGUAUAUUAUCUGUAACUCAUAAACAGAUAUGAUUUAAACUGGAAAACCAUUAUGCGUUAUUUUAAACAGGAAAACACAGAUGAGACAGCAACAUGAUUGUUGCGUUUAUUAUUUUGACCAUGUUAAGUGAUGUUUUAUCGGCCUCCUAGCUGGCAUUACAAUUCUAGGCUUGUUUUAAGAAAAUACUGUAUUUUACGAUUUUUGGACCAUCUGGAGUCUAGUCCCUUUAAUGGGAUAUUGCAUUACUACUAAUAUUGCAUAUAUUUUUUAUCCGGUUAAUAUGUAUACUUUGUCCUUUUUUUGUAACAUUUUAUCAAACUGUGAUUUAAGUCAGUUGGCAGUGAAUAUAAAUGUCGCUGACAGUGAUAUUGUCAAAAAAAUAAUUGCAAUCAAUAUUUUUACUAUUAAUAUCCGUCCAAUAUGUUAUUCUGAAAACAUGAUAUAUUGUUACAUGACUAAAUUGUAAGUUUGUAUUAUUAAUAUGUUUCAGUUAUCGAAAAAAAUGCAAUAACAAUUUUCACUGUUCAUAAAUGUCCAGUAUGCUAUUCUGAACACGUGAUAUAUUUUUACUUUAAUAGCAUCAUAUAUAUAUUGAUGAAUAUGUUAUUUGAAUGAUUACGUCCCUUUGAAGAUUAUGCUGAUUGCAUGAUAUAUAUAUUAUGUUUGUAUGGACAAUCAAUAUGAUACAAGGGAAUGGAUUGCUCUUCUUCGUUCAAAUUUAUUUGUACCAAUUGUUUUCUCAUCAUUUUUUAAUGGGGCAGGGGACUUUCUGAGUGGGGAAAAAUCAUAAUUUUGACUUAAAAAUUGGGGAUUCUUAUUUUACCUAGAAAUUUACUUGAAUGUUUUUUUAGAAAAAAAAAGAAAAAAAUAAUGUUAUAAAGUUUGUUUUCACUUUCCCAUUUAAUAAUAGUGUGUUUUCUUUUUUCAUUACCGUAAUUAAAUUGUCAAAUUGGGGAAAAAAAAGUUUUGGGAAUGGUCAGAACCCCCUUCCCCCAAACUUGUCCCAGUCCCCCUCAGAAUGGCCAGUCAGUUCCCAACCCUUAACUGUUUUAUUAGCUUAAUUUGUAACCUCAUAAAAAUAUUUCCGUGAUAAAAUUUAGAAAAGAAGGUUUUGGAGAAAAAAUGUAAUUAUUUUUAUUUUUAAGUUAUUUGAAUAUUGUAUCCUGUAUGUAACAUAGACAUGUUGAACAACUUGUCAAUAAUUAAUACAACAAAAUUGUGAUAAAGUUUAUAUAUCUCAUAUACACUUUAUUAUAUAAAGAAAACGUUGUUAUUUGUAUUUUUGUGCUAUGAAAGAUUGUAAGCAUUGUUAAUAUAAUUUCUAAAUAUUUGUGUGAAUUUCAUAUUAUUUUUUUGACAUAUUUCAAUGAGCUGGUCUCAAAUAUUCAUGACAUUUGUGAAAUAUAUGCUAGAAGUUGUUAUCUAUUAUUGCAAAAUAUUCACCAUAAUAUUCGCCGUACAUUUGCUAGGAAUGUGUUCAUUACGAGCAUUUCUGCAAAGAAUGAAACUUACAAUUUAAACAAUGAAAUCUAAUCAUUGACAUGAUCAAAGCAGCCUGUCAAUCAAAGCAGCCGUUCAAUAACUGCUUGACCAAUCAGCAUCCAUAUACGACAGGGCUUAUCAGUCGAUAUUGCCAUCCGCCUUGACCUCCGAUAAAGCAGCAUUAGUCUAUGUUAUUUUGAACCUUAAUUUCACUAUGAGUUUUCUUGAUAUUUAGAUGCUUUUUUAUGGUGAAAAGAUGUCAAUGGGGUCUUGGUGACUUCUUGGGAAUUCCUUGUACUGUCUUUAUGGUGUUUGAGAAGUCAUACAAGUAUUUAGCUGAUAAUAAAAUUCAAAACAAAGAAAUGUUUCCAAAGGAAAAUAUUGGCGUAUGAAAUAAGUAAUAUGAACUUUUUACAUUGAAAGAAACAAUCUAUUCUGUACUGUUUCUUUGUUAGGAUCAUUUACUUGACAAUCCAUUGUCUUUUAUAUAUUGAAAAUCUUAACUCCAAAUUUUGUACAAAUGGAACGGCACUAUUACAACUAUUAGCGACAUUGUGAUGGUACUUUUUAAUAAUUAAUAUAAAGAUAGUUCUUCAAAAAUCACUAAAAAGUGAUAAGAGAGUGCUGUUCUUAACUCAGCUUUACAGUUGAAAUUUCAACAAUAUUAUGCCUGCAAAGGCAUAAACUUAUAAGUUACAAUUUAAAAAAAAAUAAAUGCAUUAUCAUCCAUCAAUAGGUGUCCCUUCUUGAUUGUUUUUUCUUUCAUAUAUAUUAAUUCUGACUUGAUGAAGCCAUUUACUUACAGUACCGGUACUAAUCCUUUGUUUUCUGCAAUACUUGCUAUAUAAUAUUUUGAUGCUUAUUGCAUUUUUACCCGUGCAUUUUAAACCUGCAAAUAAAGACCUUAUAAAAAGUUAUCGGAUUUAUUUCAUCUUGGAAAUGAACCAGAUUUACGUGUAGAUUGAACUGAAUUUCUUUCUAGCUUGGACUUUUUUAAGGUCUAAUACAAAGAUUACUUCUCUAUCAGGGAAUCUCAAAUAAUCUCCCUUCAUUUCAAUAAUUUUAAUAUGUUAAUUGUGCGAAUUGAUAAAGCCAGAUUCUGUUAAUCUACUGACUUUGUGGCCAACUUCUGAAUCUAUUAUUAAUAAUAAUUAUGAGUAUAUUCUAUGUAUGCAUAAAAUUUAUUAUAUUUCUUACAUGCUGUUAUUUCCUUUGCUAUUUUCAACCUAGGAGAAUGGGGAAAAAACAACUAGAAAUGUUCUUUCAAUUUUAUGAAAAAUAAUCAAGUAAAAAGAGGCAAAACCAGCUUUAACCUCAAAAAUUAAUUAAAAGGACUCAUUCACAUUUUAUUGGCAUCAAUUCAGAUUUUUCUUUUGUGAAAUUUGAACAAAAUGCUUGUAAAAAUGAUGAAACAUCUACAAUAGUUGGAAUGCUCUUAGUUUCAAUCACUAUUAAAAAAUAUGAUAGAAGAUGCUUUAUUUUGCCAGAAAGCGUUUGUAAUAGCAUCUGGCAUUUGCAUUCAACAAUUUACAAAAAAAAUGCCAACAUCUGUGAAUGAGUCCCUUUAAAAAAUCAUUUCAGUACUACUAUCUGGCUAUAAUUUGGACAAGUUAUAUGUUUAUUCCAUGUUAUAGUUCUAUUAUUUGAUGAAUAGAAGUUAUUUUUUAUCUGAAAUAAAAAAGUUGUUCUUAG